AUGGCCCUCCUUUCCACUCUCAAAAGACUAUCAAGUGUUAGGCCACCGUUGGUGGAUGUUGCCCUUGCGGCUUUAUGGCUCAUACUGUUCCAACUCGCCGCUCUUUACUCCUGGAGAGAUCCCGGCUCCUUCUUUUUCGACUACGAGAAGGCUUCUAAGCCACAGUAUUCAGCCAUUAGGGAGUCUGAAGCUGAUGAAUUCAUUCAGAAGGCACUAACGGCAUCAGCAACGUCCCAACAGCCUGACCUCCAACACGAAACACAUCCGAACUACGCCCACCUAGACAACUACAGUGCCACGCGGAUCUGUGUAGGAAUACCCACGAAAGGACGAGAGAAAGAACAGUUCCUGCCACGAACCAUCGCGUCCCUUGUCGAUACUCUGUCCCCAGACGAACGGAAGUCACUCCAUAUCACCAUUCUCAUCACCGAAGAGAACCCCAAAGCAAACCCCGCCUUUGGCCAGUCAUGGCUCUCAAACAUGGCCGACGAGGUCCUCCUCUACUCGCCCGUUCCGAAAUACCUCAGCCCCGAUACCUAUAGAUACAUCAACGAGAGCAAGCCUAGCGAGAGCGCCGAGCGAAAUGAACAUGUGCAGAUGGACUAUGCCACAUUGAUGGAAACGUGCCGGAAGGAAGGGACAGACUACUUUCUGCUAGUAGAAGACGACAUCAUCGCCUCUCGAGAUUGGUUUUCGAGAUUGAAUAGUGCGCUUCACCUACUAGAGGCUUCCCCCACCCCCGAUGAUUGGCUUUACCUUCGACUCUUCUAUACUGAACUCUAUCUUGGGUGGAACGCAGAGGAGUGGCAUAUAUACCUCCCCCGGGUCUUUCUCUUCUACGCCAUGGUCGCUGGCAUCAUCCUACUCGGCCGAGCGCUCUGGGGCCGACACACCAAGAAGCAAUCUCCAUACCAUACGACUUCCAUAGUGCGAUUCCACAUUUGGUUUAUAGCAUUCACGGCGCUGUUCUUCAUGGCCGGUCGCGUAACAGUCAUACCACGGUCCGAGGGAAUCCGAGAGAUGAACAACUACGGCUGCUGCGCACAGGGCCUUGCUUUUCCGGCACAUCAGCUGGAUAUGCUGGAGGAUAAACUGAGGGCGCCACCACACCAUGCCGCCGGCGAUUCCUUCAUCGAGAUUGUCGCCGACGAGCUGAACCUCAAGAGGUGGGCGAUGGAGCCGAGCGUGUUCCAGCAUGUCGGGGUUCGCGGAAGCUCGGAAAAGGGAGGGCCCACGAAAAAGCUUUGGAAUUAUGGGUUUGAAACUUAA